AUGAAGGGCAUAUUCAAGGCCCUGGCCACGGCGGUGCUCGCCACGGCCUCGCUGGCCCAGGAGUCGGCCCCGCCCUCGGCCCCGGCUUCGGCGUCCGCCGGGUCACCGCAGCCGUCUUCGGGCGCGCUCCCCGCCGUAGCGCCCAUCCGGCUCCGCCUCAACCCGGCCAACGUCCGGAACCUCGUCGACUCGGACUUCAUCACCUGGACGAUCCCCGGCUCCUCCAAAGCUAACAUUACGGUCGCCAACAUCACUGAGAGCGACGUCACCUUCACCCUCGCCGCGGGCAACGGCUCUGAGCUGGCGGGCAACUACUACAAGUAA